UCACGUCAAUACUCAUUCAUUUCAUAUCUUGUAUUCUUUCUACUGCGUUGCCACUCAAUCUAAGCAUGCUUACAAAAUUUAGUUUCUGAUAAAUAUAUGUACAAAACUAUUGUAUAAUUAUACAAUUUUUUUAUAUAAAUAAUAUCGUUGUUAACGUUUGGAAUAAUCGAAGAAUUUCAUCUUGUUGAAUUAUUGAUAAUAAAAUUUGUUGUUCAAUAAAAAUAUCAUCAGCUACACAAAAGUUUCAUAAACGAUGGAUACAAUUGAUUUGAAAUCAUAUAAAGUUGGAUUUAUCGGAGGCGGUAACAUGGCUCGUGCUAUAGGAAUUCCAUUAAUAAAAAAAAAUAUUCUUGAUUCACAAAACACAUGGGUAUCAGCAAAAACAAAAGAAACUCUCCGAAUCUGGGAACAAAUAGAUCCACAACAUCCAGUGAAUACAUCUUUAGAAAAUUACGAUGUUAUUAUAAAUAGUGAUAUAAUUUUUUUAGCAGUUAAACCACAAGUUUUUUUAACGGCUAUUAAUUCUGUACGGGAAGAAUCUAAAGGUCGACCAUUAACUUUAGAAAAUAAAUUAUUUAUUUCUGUACUUGUUGGUAUUACGCUCAAAACAUUAGAGCAUGAGUUAAAGCAGUUUAUAGAUCCACGUCAUCCUUUAAAAAUUAUUAGAACAAUGCCAAAUAUGCCUUUAUGUGUUGGAGAAGGAGUAACGGUAUACUCACGAAAUUCUCAAGUAUCGGAAAAUGAUAUAAAAAUUUUAGUGAGUAUGUUAUCUCAUAUCAGUGUAGUAGAAGAAAUUCCAGAAUAUCUAAUGAAUGCUGCUGGAGGAUUAACAGCAUCAGGACCUGCAUACGCUUACCUUAUCAUUGAAGCUCUUGCAGAUGGUGCGGUGAAAAAUGGAUUACCUCGAGAUAUGGCAACGAAAUUUGCAGCUCAGGUAUUAAUUGGUGCUGGAAAAACAGUAUUACAAACCAGAAAAAAUCCAGGACAACUUAAAGAUGAGGUUUGUUCUCCUGGUGGAACUACAAUUACAGGAAUUCAUGCUUUAGAAGUUGGUGCAGUAAGAGCAUCGUUAAUGAAUGCAGUCGAAGCUGCUGUUAAACGGUCAAGUGAACUUGGUAAUUAAAUGUGUUGUUUGAUGUACUAAAGAUAAAAUUACUUUCUAUGAAUUUUAAAUCAUGGAAAAUCGAUUCAAAACAAAAUAUUUCAAUUAACUUUAUAACGGGUUGAUGUAUUUUUGAUGAUUGU